CAUUCCCAGCGUGCAGCUCAGCAAGGGGUCCGUCCUUCUCUGUCACUGUCUCUUUUGCCUGUUGUAAUUCUGUCUGCCUCUCUGGGACUCUGCCUGUCUCACUCUUUCUGUCUGUGCCUCUCCUCACUCUUGUUCUUUCUGCCUGAAUCACAGCCCUCAGUUUUUCUGUCCUCAUGCAUUUGUCUUUGUGGCUCUUUCCGUCUUUCUGCCCUUGACACCAUCCCCUCUCUCAGUGCUUUCCCUCUGUUUCCAGAUCGCUUCAUGACUUAGGCAGGGAAACAGAGGCCAGGGCCUCUUUCCUGGCUUCCCUCUGCAUCUUACUGAGUAUGCAGGUCGGAAGAGCCUCGGGUCAUGCCUCCGCGGGUGGCCUAGAGCCAAAGGAAGGCGGAGCCCAUCGGGGCGGGAUUGGCCCUUAGGGCCACCUCAUAAAGCCUGGGGCGAGGGGCACGACGGCCUUGGGAAGGAGCCCUGUUGGGGCUGUUCGGUCCGACAGACCUCACAGCCUCAGUAGGGGAUCUGCAGUGUCAUGCCUGGGAGCCCUUGGCCCGCGCCGAGCUGGGUGCUGUUGCUGCGGCUGCUGGCGUUGCUGCGGCCCACGGGGCUGGGUGAGGCAUGCAGCUGUGCCCCGGCGCACCCUCAGCAGCACAUCUGCCACUCGACACUUGUGAUUCGGGCCAAAAUCUCCAGUGAGAAGGUAGUUCCUGCCAGUGCAGACCCUGCUGACACUGAAAAAAUGCUCCGGUAUGAAAUCAAACAGAUAAAGAUGUUCAAAGGGUUUGAGAAAGUCAAGGAUGUUCGGUAUAUCUAUACGCCUUUUGACUCUUCCCUCUGUGGUGUGAAACUAGAAGCCAACAGCCAGAAGCAGUAUCUCUUGACUGGUCAGGUCCUCAGUGAUGGAAAAGUCUUCAUCCAUCUGUGCAACUACAUCGAGCCCUGGGAGGACCUGUCCUUGGUGCAGAGGGAAAGUCUGAAUCAUCACUACCAUCUGAACUGUGGCUGCCAAAUCACCACCUGCUACACAGUACCCUGUACCAUCCUGGCCCCUAACGAGUGCCUCUGGACAGACUGGCUGUUGGAACGAAAGCUCUAUGGUUACCAGGCUCAGCAUUAUGUCUGUAUGAAGCAUGUUGACGGCACCUGCAGCUGGUACCGGGGCCACCUGCCUCUCAGGAAGGAGUUUGUUGACAUCGUCCAGCCCUAGUAGGGACCAGUGACCAUCACAUCCGUUCAAGAGUCCUGAAGAUCAAGCCGGUUCUCCUCCCCUGCAGAGCUUUGGCCAUUACUACCUGACCUCUUGCUGCCAGCUAAUAAGAAGUGCCAAGUGGACAGUCUGGCCACUGUCAAGGCAGGGAAGGGGCCAUGACUUUUCCGCCCUGCUCUCAGCCUGUUGCCCCUGCCUCCCAAACCCCAUUAGUCUAGCCUUGUAGCUGUUAAUUGGAAGUGUUUCUUCUGGCUUAGUCUGUUUUCUAAAGCCAGGACUAUUCCCUUUCCUCCCCAGGAAAAUGUGUUUUCCUUUGUCUUAAUCGAUCUGGUAGGGGAGAAAUGGUGAAUGUCAUACAUAUGAGAUGGUAUACUCUUGUGAUGUACAAUACCAGAAGGUAGUUUGACAGCAUCAUAAACAGGCUGACUGGUGGGAAUGAAAACAACAACAUAC